UUGUUAAUCAGCUGGUAUGCUCCUGAGUGUGUGAAUGCUGCGAAGGCCCUCCCCUGAUAAAAAAGCCUCUGUGAGUGAUAAACACAGGCCGCUGCUGUCCAAACAUCUGUCUGAGUCCUGCCCAGACAGGAGAGACAGAUGGAGUGGCCCUGAGUGUGUGUGUGUGUGUGUGUGUGAGAGAGAGGGAGAGAGCACAUGCUUUUACACAUUUCCAUUUUUGACCGUGCCUGCUGUUGUCCUCUCAAAAUAACCCCCAUUCUUGACGACCUUAUAUGUGCAGGGCUACUGUGUGUGUGAGGAAAGCCUGGGAAGGAAUCAUGUAUCCAGGCUAUGGAGAGCAGACUGCAGCACUGUUUUUGCUGCUGCUGCUGCUGUUGCUGCUGAAUGUGUGUGUGUGCAUGAGUGAAUGCAAGUGUGUCAACAGGCCAGACCUCACUCAGUCCUGCUCCCUUUUCUUCCUUUCUUUUUUCAUCUUCAUGAUGCAUCUCGUUGAUCUUAACCAGGAGUGCCUGCUCCAUUUCUUCUCCUUCCUGGAUAAAGACAGUCGGAGGAACCUCUCUCUGACUUGCGUCCGUCUCAGAGAAGCCUUCCUGGACCCUCGGCUGUGGUCCCUGCUGCACUUCUCCUCCCCGUCUGAGCUGAGGAGGGAUAACUUUGUUCUGGGGUCGUCUCUCAGACACCUCAAUAUUUGCUGGCAUUCCAGCAGGGUCAAAGUGUGCAACAUAGAGGACUGGAUGAAGACGUCAUUCCAGAGGGACCUGUGCAGCAAGCAUGAAAGGCUGGUCAGCCACUUCCUGGAGCGUGUCUGCCACAUGUGUCCAAACCUGCUGUCCCUGACCCUGUCCGGAUGCGGACACAUCACAGACCACGAUGUCAUCAGCAUGCUCCGGAGCUGCAGGCGGCUUCAGCAGCUGUGUCUAGAGAACUGUUGCAGAGUGACUGACGCUGUACUGCAGGCGGUGGUGACCCAUGGCAUUAGCCUGCUGGAGGUCAGGGUGGACUUCUGCAGGAACAUCACUCAGACGGGCCUGCAGGGUGUCAGGCUCAGGAGACCUGGUGUGCGGCUGAGUGCCGAGCGCAGUGCAGGAAUGAUCCCAGACAGCCAGCCUGAGGAGAAGCUGCACAUCAGGAGGGCCCUGCAGAAAGUCCUCAUCUUCUCCUGAGGAACCAGCUCCAGGGAUGUGUUCUCAGCAGACAAUAUAAACCCCUCAGGUCACCUGCUGGCAUCUCUCUUUGAGACUAAAAGAACAUUUAUUUUCAUUAAAUCUGUGUUUUUUUUCUAUUUGCUUUCUUUUUUUUAUGUUUUUUUAAAUUGUAUUAUUAUGGUGUCGUUUCCAUUUUAAAUGAAGUAAAAUGUUUUUUUCUUGGCUGCGUU